AUGGAUGGACCUGCAGUGAACUUGCGCUGGGCCAACACGACGACGCCAGCCCAAUUCUCAGGUGGUUCGGGGCUCCAGGACACGCCCAAGUUCAAGCGCACCAGAACCGGCUGCAGGACAUGUCGCCUUCGCCGGAAGAAGUGCGGAGAACAGCGGCCUGUCUGCGAGGGCUGCCGACGCAACCACCUGCUGUGCUCAUGGCCUGCGAAGUUGGCGUCCAGGGCCAAAAGGGACCCUGAACCAGAAGCUGAACCUCAUGCUUCCUGCACCAUCGCUCGGCCACCGAGGGCUCAAGCCGCGCCUCAGGUGCUGCCAACGACCAGCCUACCGACGUUUUCCACCUUCGUCCACCAGCGGAGUGAGACCGGGUCGCGUGAUGAGAUUGGCAAGGCCAAAGCCCUGCUCCAGCAUUACAUCUGCUCUACCGCCUCCCGCCUGACGACCGCCAAGGGCAACGUGUACCUCAGCCUUGUCAUCCCGUUUGCCGAGCAGCACUGGGAUAUUAUGCAUGCUAUCCUAGCCAUCAGCGCGUCUCAUCUGUCGUACACGGACCCUGCCUACGUCUAUCCGGCAAAAUCGCAUUAUGCUGUUGCGCUGAGAGCUGCCAAGAAUCACAUCACUACCGUUAGCCAUGGAGAACGCGAGGAGGCAAUCCGUCUUCUUGUCCUCCUCGUCCUGCUCUGCCACUUUGAAUCAGUCGAUGGAGAUAUGCGGGGCGCUAUACAAGUACACCUUGCUGCGUGCAGGCACCUUCUAAAGCUCGUCUAUGACUCUUUUCACCGGCACGAUGAAGAGAUUGUUGCUUUCAUUGCCGAACAAUACCUGUAUUUCAGCACUGUUGCCUGUAAUAUAGGACUCGAUGAGAAAGGUAUCUGUUCGACCACAAUGGCCUCAGAAGAUCCUUAUCAGGACGGUAUUUAUCUGCUGCUCAAGAGGUCGAGCGUCUCUGGCUUCCUCUUUGGCACAUCUGUCGACCUCUUCCGACUAAUUCCUAGUGUGGUGCAUUUGGGAAGAUGCGACCGAUCCGACCCGGCAAAAGCCCGUCAUGAUGACCCUGCAUUGAGAGAGGCCUUCCGUGGUUUGGAAAUAUCCGUCCUCGCAUGGAGCCCUGACAGCCUGGAAAACGGCUCAGCAGCAGCGCCCAGCACAGAGGUAUCACCGAUGGACUACAAGGGAGGAUUGAUUCUGCAACGUGCCCUCCUUAUUCUUCUUCGGGUAGCCCUUCACGGGCCCGGGCGUCCACAUGGUCAUAUCCUCGUGGAGGUAAACGAACUGAUUGGUAACUUCAUGGCCUGUCUGCGGAGCAUACCACUGAACAGCUUGACUUGGACCAAUCUGCUGUGGGCAGUAUUAACUGCGGGGUCGUGCCUACAGAAGGCUGAAGAUCGAAAGUUCUUGAGGGACAGCAUGAUGGCUCUGGGCCACAAGAUGCAUACGCUGUCGAGUGUGUUGCAUGUUCUGAGCUGGGUGUGGGAAGCCUCCGACUUGGAUCCCACCUGUUACGGCCCCUACGGCAUUGCGAAGGUAUGUAUGAGGCGUAACGUACAAAUUAGCAUGGGUUGA